UGGCGAUGUGCGUCUUUCAGGCGACUCUGCCGGAGGCUGACGUAUAAUCUAGUGGACGGAGCGCGUCAUCAACAUGAACGGUUCAGCCACCUCGGGAGCUUACUAGCCAACAGGGCCGAAAUAUUGGAGCUCUUUAGAAGCUUUCUGGCGUAUAUAUAAGCCACUGUUGUUUUAAAACACACAUUUUUUGUUGUUGUCAUCAAGCUGUUAUUACAUUUAAUAUAAUAUUUAACGUUGUUAGAUUCUCUAGCUAGCUGGUUAACUUAGCAGUAGGACUAGGCUAACGCUAACUAGCUAGCUUGCUAACAUCAUCGACCAUAAAGUCACAAAGCUACUCUCCCCCAGUUGCUAAAUAAGAGGUCUGCUAGACGGAGAAAGAGGGUUUCGGGGAGGAAGAGGAGGCUGUUACAGUGAAAGGAGAAGAGGAAGACGCUUUCAGAGUGAAAGAGGAGGAGGAUGUUGACUACUGUGAAAGAAGAGGAGGAGAAGGAAGAGAAAGAGGAGGCUGCAGUUUUUGGAAUAAAGGAGGGGGAGAAGACUGUCACAGUGAAAAAAGAGGAAGACGUUUUUGGAGAGAAGGAGGAAGAGGAGGGGGAGAUGACUGUUACAGUGAAAGAAGAGGAAGACGUUUUUGGAGAGAAGGAGGAAGAGGAGAGGGAGAUGACUGUUACAGUGAAAGAAGAGGAAGACGUUUUUGGAGAGAAGGAGGAAGAGGAGGGGGAGAUGACUGUUACAGUGAAAGAAGAGGAAGACGUUUUUGGAGGGAAGGAAGAGGGGGAGAUUACUGUCACAUUGGAGGACGAAGAAGAACAGAAGACUGGAGAUCUGAUUAACACCAGUAAUUACAGAGAGAGACCGGACUCUCACUCUGACAGCAGGAAGAGUCCUUCAGGGGAACCAGACCCAGAGACGCCCAAACCAGUGAGACGACAUCACUGGUCCCAGUGUAAAAAGAGUUUUAAGUGGUUAUGGAAGCUGAAAAGUCAUGAUAGAACAGACACAGGUGGGAAGACUUCACAAUGUUCCCAAUGUGGAAAGAGUUUUACCCGGUUAGGGAACCUGAAAAGGCAUGAGAGAAUACACACAGGAGAGAAACCUUUCCAAUGUGCCCAAUGUGGAAAGAGUUUUACACGGUUAGGGAGCCUGAAAGAACAUAAAAUAAUACACACAGGAGAGAAGCCUUUCCAAUGCUCCCGGUGUGGAAAGGGCUUUAGGUGGUUAGGGAACCUGAAAAAGCAUGAGAGAACACACACAGGAGAGAAACCGUUCCAAUGCUCCCAGUGUGGAAAGAGUUUUCCACAGUUAGGGAGCUUGAAGGAGCAUGAAAGGACACACACAGGGGAGACAUCUUACCAUUGCUCCCUGUGUGGAAAGGAUUUUACCAAGCUAAGGAACCUAAUAAAACAUACAGAAUUACACACAGGAGAGAAGCCUUUCCAAUGCUCCCAGUGUGGGAAGGGUUUUACACGGUUAGGGAACCUGAAGGAUCACAAAAGAGUACACACAGGAGAGAAGCCUUACCAAUGUUCCCAGUGUGGAAAGAGUUUUACACGGUUACGGAGCCUGAACGAACAUAAAUUAAUACACACAGGAGAGAAGCGUUUCCAAUGUUCUCAGUGUGGAAAGGGUUUUACCCUGUUAGGGAGCCUGAAAAAGCAUGAGAGAACACACACAGGAGAAAAGCCGUUCCAAUGCUCCCAUUGUGGAAAGAGUUUUACACAAUUGGGGAGCUUGAAGGUGCAUGAAAGGGCACACACAGGGGAGACAUCUUACCAUUGCUCUCUGUGUGGAAAGAAUUUUACCAAGUUAGGGAACCUAAAAAAACAUAAACAAUUACACACAGGAGAGAAACCUUUCCAAUGCUCCCAGUGUGGGAAGGGUUUUACACGGUUAGGGAACCUGAAGGAUCAUAAAAGAGUACACACAGGAGAGAAGCCUUUCCAAUGUUCGCAGUGUGGAAAGAAUUUUACAUGGUUAGGAAACCUGAAAAAGCAUGAGAGAACACACACAGGAGAGAAGCCAUUCCAAUGCUCCAAGUGUGGAAAUAGUUUUAAAAGGUUAGGGAGCCUGAAGGAGCAUGAAAGGACACACACAUGGGAGACAGCUUACCAUUGUUCUAUGUGUGGAAAGAAUUUUACCAAGUUAGGGAACCUAAACAAACAUGAAAAAUUACACACAGGAAAGAAGACUUUCCAAUGCACCCAGUGUGGGAAGGGUUUUACACGGUUAGGGAACCUGAAGGAUCAUAAAAGAACACACACAAGAGAGAAGCCUUUCCAAUGUUCCCAGUGUGGAAAGGGUUUUACCCAGAUAGGGAACCUGAAAAGGCAUGAGAAAAUACACACAGGAGAAAAAUCUUUCCAUUGUCCGCAGUGUGGAAAGGAUUUUACCCAGUUGGUGAACCUGAAAAGGCACGAGAGAACACACACAGUUUUAACAACGACCCCAGGAGUUGGAAACAGUUCGAAGAACAGAACAGAAAACCGCGUGAGAACAGAAACAACGAAGAAACAGAAACAGAACCGGGAAAGAAAGUGAUCAGCUUUGAAACAGAACAGAACCUUUAUUUUAAAAGUAAAGUAUUAAUAACGUCAUUUUACAGUAACUUGUCCAGUGAAAAUCUUCUUUAAAAAGUUAACAUUCUGUUAACUCAUCGACAUAAUGUUGAGACAUGCUAUACUCAUAUUUGUGGCCAAAGCAUAAAUUGACACUUCAAAAACCCUCAAACUUGUAUCUCAAACAGACUGUUUAAAAAAAAUACUAUUUCCUCAUAGAACACGUUAUCUCCCUGCGGAGGAUGAGCUGGACAAUCUGUUGUUGGGGUACAACCCACACCAUUCUGUUGUUGGGGUACGACCCACACCAUUGUGUUAUUGGGGUACGACCCACACCAUUCUGUUGUUGGGGUACGACCCACACCAUUCUGUUGUUGGGAUAUGCCCACAC